CCUUCGCUCUUUUCCCCUUCAGUUCCUCUCCUUAAAUUAAACCAAAAAAAUAAAAUGUCAAAACUGUUACUCUUCCACACUGCUCAUUCCACCCCCAGAAUCCACCCCAGAACUCUCACUUCAAUCCUCUCAAGGCCUCUUUCAGUCCCUUCUCUUUCCAAAUGCCACUCUCCUAUUUCUCUCUUUCCUUCAAUUUCUUCUCCAGCUCUCCACCCCCACCCCCACCUCCAAAAGCAAAACUUUUCAUUCUCUUAUUCCUUUUCCACCCGUGCUUUCGAUGAUUCCUCAUCCUCCGCCGAGACCCAGAAUGAAAAAGAAGAAAAAGUUGGGAGUCAAUGUGGUGAAAAGUUUGAGACUGAGGAGUAUCCGAGUGGAGAAGUGGAGUAUGAGAAGAUGAGUGGGUGGAGGAGUUUCGUUGUUAAGUUUAAGAUGCUUAUUGCAUUCCCUUGGGAAAGGGUUCGAAAAGGCAGUGUCUUAACCAUGAAACUGCGUGGCCAGAUAUCUGAUCAGCUAAAGAGCCGUUUCUCUUCAGGACUGUCUCUGCCUCAAAUUUGUGAGAAUUUCGUAAAAGCUGCAUAUGAUCCUCGUAUUUCUGGUGUCUAUCUCCACAUUGAACCUCUGAACUGUGGAUGGGGAAAAGUUGAAGAAAUUCGGAGGCAUAUUUUGAAUUUUAAGAAAUCAGGUAAAUUUAUCAUUGCAUAUAUCCCUGCCUGUGGGGAGAAAGAGUAUUACCUUGCCUGCGCAUGUGAAGAGAUCUAUGCUCCACCAAGCGCUUAUUUUUCUUUGUAUGGUUUGACUGUUCAAGCAUCAUUCCUUGGAGGUGUUUUUGAGAAGAUAGGAAUCGAACCACAAGUGCAACGGAUUGGUAAAUAUAAAAGUGCUGGGGAUCAGCUUACACGGAAGACUAUGUCGGAAGAAAAUUGUGAGAUGCUUACUUCGUUGCUUGAUAACAUAUAUGGGAAUUGGUUGGAUGUAGUUUCUUCUUCAAAAGGAAAGAAACGAGAAGAUGUUGAGAACUUCAUUAAUGAAGGGAUCUAUAAAGUAGAAAAGCUGAAAGAGGAGGGCUUGAUAACGAAUAUACAUUAUGAUGAUCAGGUUAUCUCAAUGUUAAAAGAGAGGCUUGGAGUCCCAAAGGAUAAAAAUCUUCUUAUGGUUGAUUACAGGAAAUACUCCAAAGUUAGGAAGUGGACUCUUGGUUUAGCAGGUGGUAGAGACCAAAUAGCUGUGAUCAGAGCCUCUGGUAGCAUUAGCCGUGUCCGGAGUCCAUUAAGUGCGCCAAGUUCUGGUAUCAUUGCAGAGCAAAUCAAUGAAAAGAUUCGUAGUGUUAGAGAGUCGAAAAGAUACAAGGCUGCUAUCAUCCGAAUUGACAGCCCUGGAGGUGAUGCUCUUGCUUCAGAUUUAAUGUGGAGGGAAAUAAGACUUUUGGCUGAAUCAAAACCUGUCAUAGCAUCCAUGUCUGAUGUGGCAGCUAGUGGGGGAUAUUAUAUGGCUAUGGCAGCUGGGACUAUCGUGGCUGAAAAUUUGACUUUAACUGGUUCAAUUGGAGUUGUCACAGGGAAGUUUAAUUUGGGGAAAUUAUACGAAAAGAUUGGCUUCAAUAAGGAGGUCAUAUCAAGGGGAAGAUAUGCUGAACUUUUUGCAGCUGAGCAGCGGCCUUUAAGAUCGGAUGAAGCCGAGCUUUUUGCCAAGUCUGCACAGAAUGCAUAUAAACAAUUUCGAGACAAGGCAGCUUUCUCAAGAUCAAUGCCUGUAGAAAAGAUGGAAGAGGUUGCACAAGGCAGAGUAUGGGCAGGUAGAGAUGCAGCUUCACGUGGUUUGGUAGAUGCUAUUGGGGGGCUUUCUCGGGCUAUUGCAAUUGCAAAACAUAGGGCCAAUAUACCCCAGGACAGGAAGGUUACACUUGUUGAGUUGUCGAGACCUUCUCCGACACUACCAGAGAUCUUAAGUGGCAUAGGGAACUCCAUAGUUGGAGUAGACCAAACGCUAAAAGAAGUGCUGCAAGACUUGACGUUUUCAGAUGGAGUUCAGGCCCGAAUGGAUGGAAUCGUGUUUCAGAGAUUGGAAGGAUUGUCUAAUGCUACGCCAGUCUUCAGUUUGAUAAAAGAUUACCUCGGUUCACUUUGAGCUUUAAACAAUUGCCUUGUCCUCAUUGUUUUGGCUGCUUUCUUAUAGUAACUCUCAAGAGAGUAUUUUGAGUUGAUAAAUUUUUAGAUGGAUUCUUUAGACAUGGAAAUUUAUUUCUUCAUCGGAGUUAAUCCAUUUUUAUAAGAGAAGAGACUGCUCUAUUGUUCGUUAUUUUCAGAUAUUUAUAGCAAUGGAGCAUUAUGUUUCCCAUUUAACGUUGUGGAAAGAUAAAUCAUAAAGUUCUCUUUUUCUCUUUGAA